CCAUCACCCCGCGCAUAUCAGAACCGCAAUUGCCUCGUCUCAACGUGACUAAUUCGAAUUAUCCAAUUCUUCGUUGAUUCUUCUCUCUCCCAAUUUCCUCGCCCAAGAUCCGCGGCCUUGAAAAUCCCUCACAGGUUCGCGCGGCCGUGACAACACCGACCGCACUUUGUUUGUCCGACGGGAGAGCUCCAACAAUUAAGGCCCCCACGGUAAGAAAUCCACAGCAGUAGAGCAAGAGGACAGAAGCGCAAGAUUAGAUAUAUAUCGUAGAGUCAUCUAAUUUCGCGUUUUCUUCCCAGAAACUCAGCAUUUAGCGUUUCAACUCGCAUACCUUGAAGAACAAACCUGUUACUUUCAUCCACCCAUUUCACUCCAUCUCGGUCAACAUCCCAAGGCACAAAAGAAGGAAAAGAACGGAAAAUUUCUUAGACAAGAUUCCUCGUUACAACCCACCAUGUUCGACCCAUCCUCUCUCCAAAACUACUCCCUCCCCUCUUCCUCGUCGCUCGCCGCCCAGUUCGUCGGCAAAACGCUAAGUGAGUUGCCCACACCAGCCGUAGUGCUAGACCGAGCACUCAUCAAGCGCAACUGCAAUGCCAUGCUCAAUGUGUGUAAAGUGCUAGGUGUGGGGUUCCGCGCGCACGUCAAGAGUCAUAAGACGGUGGAGUUGUCCAAACUGCAGGUUGGAAAGGAAGGUGCUGCGAACUUUAUUGUUAGUACGAUUAUUGAGGCGGAGAAUUUGGCAGAGUUGGUAUUGGAGGAGCAGGGGAAGGGGAGGGAGGCUAGUAUCCUCUAUGGCGUACCGGUUCCGCAAUCGGGGAUACCACGCCUGAUAGCUCUGGCCGAGAAACUCAAACCGCGAUCUGUUAGCCUCAUCAUCGAUAACCAGGAUGCAUUCCUCAAGCUUGUCCAGCGUCUUGCUGCGUCAGGAAUUCAAGUCGAGUUGGGCAUCUUUAUCAAAAUCGACACAGGCUACGAACGCGCAGGCAUCAAGACGUCAUCUCCAUCCUUCCCAACACUCGUCUCAACAAUAGUUUCAAAGUCGCAAGAAACAGGAUCCAAGUGCUUCUUACAAGGUUUCUACAGCCACUUCGGCCAUAGUUACGCUGGAUCCUCUGAAGACGAUGCAGCCAACGGGUUGAUCGAAGAGCUAAUCGGGCUCGAGGCAGCGACUAAGGCCGUGCCGGCGAGUUUCGCUGGAGAACUGGUGCUGAGCGUUGGUGCGACGCCGACUGCCACAGCAGCACAGAACAUGUUUUCCAGCACUUCCCCACGGGUUCGCGAGUUUCAGACGGUGCUUUCCCGGCUGCAGACACAGCACCUCGUCGAACUGCAUGCAGGCGUGUAUCCAUUGCUUGACUGCCAGCAAGUCGCUACACACGCGCGGCCACCCACCUCUUCGUCUGCUGAACCAACGCCGGCAUUCCAGCCGCUCUCCAAGUCCAAUAUCGGCAUCCGCAUGCUGCUAGAGGUAACAAGCGUGUACAACGAGCGCGCCAAACCCGAGGCACUCGUCUCAGCCGGUUCCCUCGCCAUGGGCCGCGAGCCCUGCAAGUCGUACGCUGGCUGGGGCAUCGUAACGCCUGACCUGGGCAACUCAUCCGCCAAGCACAUCUAUGACGAGCAGGCAGGCCGGACGGGCUGGAUAGUCGGGCGCAUCAGCCAAGAGCAUGGCAUACUGACCUGGGAAGGCGACAGGGGCGCGUGUAAUGAGCUAGUAAUUGGGGACAAGGUCAUGGUUUGGCCGAACCACGCUUGCGUCGCUGGUGCAGGGUUUGGAUGGUAUCUUGUGGUUGAUUCGGAGGAGCGUGGUGAGACGGUGGUAGAUGUUUGGGUCCGAUGGCGGGGAUGGUAAGUAAGGUAACGGUUUGUAACUACAUACAGUGUAGAACUUGCGAAAAAAAGCAAAAGAAAAGUAGAUAGAGUGAACUAGUUUUACUACAUGUUAUUCGGAAUAUUUUAAUAUAUGCCGCAUGUCGCUC